AUGAGUCGGCGUGGCAACAGCACUAGCCACUCGCAGGUGACACCGUACCAGCAGAUAGAGCUGGACGAUGGUUGGCGAGAAUGGGAAAACACCAAGCAGGAACUGGUGCUGGUAAAGCGACAAGUAGCAGAGAAGGAUGCACUGAUACUUCAGUUGAAAACUGCAUCUCGCAGAUUAGAGGAAACACUGCACAAGAAAGAAAAAGAUUUGCAAGCUGCGUUUGCCAUUCUACGGUCCCCACAAGACGCCAAGACAACCAAAACGCGCAAGCAGGAGCUGGUUGACCGCUUAGUCUCCGAGUGUAUACAAAGGGCUACGACGUCUGAGGCGCUGGCCGAGGAACGGAGGCGAGAGCUUGACCGACUCAAGUACAGCAGGUAA